AUUAACAAUAUAUUUGUGCGAUACAGUGAAACACUUAAAUCACUCUCAUUUUCUCUGGUGAUAUUAGCAAUUAAAGUUCUACACGUCUUUGAACAAGAGAGAUAAAUCUAUUUAAAAUUUGUUGCUAUAUAGAUUGAAGAUUAACUAUUGCACUUUUUAUAUAUAUUUAAAACAAUAUUAAUAAGUAUAUUUUGAAGAGUGUUAUGAAGAUUUGUUGAUAUGCCUUAUAUGCCUCUGCUGUUACUAUUUCAGCCAGUAUACAAACCCGCGUCUUCACAUUACAUGUAUUACUUGUUGAAUACAUCUCCUACAAACUAAUCGCGAAAGGAAAAUCAGUCAAUCGUUAACAUUCUAAGUGUACGGGAAUACUUUGCGAAAGGCAUUAAAAAAAGGUGACAUUAGGAUGCAGAAAACAAUUGCAUUUUCGUCGAUGAAAGGAUAUGACGGUCGAUUGUCUUACAUUUGCCGUAGAUGGUAUCAAAGUGAGGGAGGUGUACAUGGAUAUAGGAGUAAAGUAAGAAAAUCCUUUGCGGUUCCUGAGGAGGUGCUUCAAGCGAGAAACCGUCAUUGUAAUAUUUACCGAUGGGUUGAAGCAUAUCGAAGUCACGGUCACAAUUUAGCUCAAGUUAAUCCUGUAAAUUUUGCAUCUCAGUAUCAAUCAAUUCCAGAAUUAGAUUUCAACAAAUAUGGACUGAGUGAAAUGCAAGAGGUUGAUGUACGUGGGAUUAUUAGUGGAGUCAUUAGUCAAUUAGUGACAGUGAAGGAAUUAGAGAGCAUACUUAGAACAAUUUAUUGUGGAUCAGUUGGUGCUGAAAUUAAUCAUAUUGGGUCAGAACACAAAAAAGAUUGGCUCAAGCAAAAAUUUGAAUGCAUAAGGCAGAAGAAACUAUCUAAAAGUGAAAGACGAGAUAUUGCUGAACUAUUGAUAAAAUCUCAGAACUGGGAUAAUUUUCUUGCCACUAAGUUCCCCACAGUGAAACGAUAUGGUGGCGAAGGUGCUGAAAGUAUGCUAGCAUUUUUUCGUGAGAUUCUUAAAUUAUCAGCACAAGGUGAUAUUACACACAUUGUCCUCGGAAUGCCUCAUCGAGGGAAACUUAACUUGCUAACCACAAUGCUGAAUACAAGACCAUCAAAGAUUUUCCGGAAAUUUAAAGGACUCCCAGAAUUUCCAACUGACGCUAAAGCUAUGUGUGAUAUUGCUAGUCAUUUCCAUGUGACUGAGGACUUAAACGUAGAUGGAAAAAUAAUCCAUUUUAGUAUGUUACAUAAUCCAUCUCAUUUGGAAGCAGUAAAUCCUGUUUCUAUGGGCAAGACUCGUUCAAAGCAACAAUCUUUUCGAGAUGGUGCAUUUGGGGAUGAUGAAUCGAAAGAUUUUUCCUCAUCAGUUUUAAAUCUACAACUACAUGGAGAUGCUGCUUUUCCUGGUCAAGGUGUAAAUCAGGAAUGUCUUUUUAUGGCGGGAACUCCACACUUUGAUAUUGGAGGAACUAUCCACAUGAUUGUGAAUAAUCAGAUAGGAUUUACAACACCUGGUGAUCGUGGCAGAUCAAGUCAAUAUUGUUCGGAUUUAGCCAAAUCAAUUGAUGCUCCUAUUUUUCAUGUCAAUGUGGAUGAUCCAGAAGCACUUACAUUAAUUACGCAAUUGGCUUUUGAAUACCAGAGAGAGUUCCGUACUGAUGUUUUCAUAGAUCUUAACUGCUUCCGAAGAUGGGGUCAUAAUGAAUUAGAUGAUCCAACAUUCACAAAUCCAGCCCUAUAUGAAAUUAUUCAUCACAGAAAGUCUGUUCCGGACAAAUAUACAGCUUAUUUAGUGUUGGAAAAUGAAAUGACACAGGAUGAAGUGAAUAAAAUAUCCAAACAACAUACCGAUUUUCUAAAUAACGAACUUAAUCAGUUGAACUCUUAUGAACCAGAAAAUUGGUAUUUUAAGAAACAAUGGUCAGGCAUGAAACAAGCUGGUCGAGAAAUAACUGUAUGGGAUACUGGUCUUGAUUAUUCUCUUCUUGGAUUUAUUGCUGUAAAAAGUGUUGCUUACCCUAAAAAUUUUACUAUUCAUAAACACUUGGAAAAAACUCAUGUGUCCGGAAGAAUUAAGAAGAUUGCUGAAGGUCGAAUCGAUUGGGCUACAGCUGAGGCAAUGGCAUUCGGAAGUCUUAUGUACCAGGGCCACAAUGUACGUCUUAGUGGAGAGGAUGUUGGACGUGGUACUUUUUCACAUCGUCAUGCAAUGCUCGUUGAUCAGAAAACUAAUGAAAUAUACAUUCCACUAAACUCAAUGGAAGGCGGUUUGGGUGGCAAGCUGGAAAUUGCCAAUAGUAUCCUGUCGGAGGAAGCAGUACUUGGUUUUGAGUACGGAAUGGCAAUAGAUAAUCCAUACAACUUGAUUAUUUGGGAAUCACAAUUUGGAGAUUUUUUCAAUGGAGCUCAAAUUCUGUUUGAUACAUUUAUUAGCAGUGGAGAAACGAAGUGGAUGAUUUGCAAUGGACUUGUCGUCCUUCUUCCGCAUGGAUACGACGGAGCAGCAUCUGAACAUAGUUCUUGUCGUAUUGAACGCUUUCUUCAAAUGACUGACUCAAGUGAAACACAGCCCGAUGGCGAUGAUAUUAAUAUGCAAGUGAUUAAUCCAACAACUCCAGCUCAGUAUUUUCAUUCACUGCGUCGUCAAAUUGUACGAAACUUCCGGAAGCCUUUAAUAAUAGUUUCACCAAAAGUGUUGUUGCGACUCUCAGAUGCUAUUUCAAAACCAGAUGAUUUCAGGCCAGGUACUUUCUUUUUACCCGUGAUUGGAGAUUCUUUUGCAAAUCCAUCAGAGGUAAAGAAAGUAAUUCUUUGUUCUGGGAAACAUUACUACAACCUCAAUGCCGAGAGGAAUGCUAGGGAUCUCAAAAAUGUGGCUAUUAUUCGAGUGGAGUCACUAUGUCCUUUUCCUGUUCACGAGCUCAAUACUGAAUUGGACAAGUAUAAAAAUGCUAAGAACUUUAUAUGGUCUCAAGAGGAGCACAGAAACAUGGGAGCAUGGAGCUUUAUAAAGCCACGCUUCGAAAAUAUGCUAGCAAGGAAGAUUAAAUAUUCUGGUAGAUAUGCAGGAGCAACUCCAGCUGUUGGGGUUGGUUCUUGGCAUCAGCAAGAAGCUCAGUUUGUCGUAACGGAUCCUUUUGAUAUAAAAUAAAGAAAAUAAGUGGACAAUAAUUUAGUUAAAAAUCAACAAAAAGAUCUUUUUAUCACUACAAGGCCAAUAAAAAUCAACUUUUAUUAUUAAAAA